AUGGGAUUUGAGUCAUAUUCCCUUGAGAGGACACUUUAUGAAACAAUAGUACCGUUAUUCAAUAAUUCUAGUAAUAGUACUACCACCUCCUUUGGAACGUACACUCCCUUCUUCUUUAACACUACAGCAAAUUCGACUCUGGAUACAAAGGUUGGUGCGACGGAUGCGUGGUUUUUCUACAUUUCCCUUGUAAUUUCUAUUAUUGUAGCUGCAGUGUUGGCAUAUGCACUUUUACGUUAUUACACUUCACAAAAUAAGAAAUUUGUAUCAUGGUUUCUCUACGUUCCAUUAUUUCUAAAUUACACAUUCUUAUUUAGUUCUGUAUCCUUAAUUACAUUAGAUGUCAGUUUGGCUUUAACAAGUUCAGGUGUUUUACCUGAUACAGCUUUGGAAAUUUGUUGGUAUAUUAUCUAUUUUAGUUUACAAAUAUUAUCUUGGAUUGUUUUACCAAUUUUACAAAAUUAUGCCUACACUGGUGAAUUUACAUUUUAUGGAAAGUUUAUCAGAUCUGUUCUAUCACAUAUUAUUACCUACUCAAUUUUGGGUAUUAUUGCUGGAGUUGUAAUUGUGAUUUUUGUCAUAUUUUUGGUAAUUGCUGACAAGACACUUUUAAGUUUUUCUUUCCUUAUCAACGUUGGUGUUGCAUUAUCUAACCUUUUUGGUUUAAUUCUAUUUUCUAUAUUUUUAGGAUAUGGUAUUGUGAAAAUGCCUAGAACCUUGUGGAGAAAAUCAAAUGUUGAAAGAAUUAUCAAGUGGAAUUGUAUUGAAUCAACUGGAAAGAGAAGUAAAAUGAAAAAGGAGGAGAGAGCUCUAGCUGAAAUGGUUGUCACUGUGAGAGAAGUUAGUAAAAUUGUCACAAAAGAGCACAAACUCUAUUGGUAUAUUGAUGCAGUUUCAAAGACAUGCGACAGCAUUAUCGAAGAAUUUCCAAAAUUACAAAAAGUUGUCAAUUCUAUUGAAUUGAAAGACUGUACCAAUUAUAACAAGCAAACUUUUGACAAAUUCCUCGAAGUGGGUUCUCUACAGAGAUUAUGCCCAGAGGAAAGUAAGAAAAAGACAUGCACAAGAUCUACCUGUGUGAAGAUUCAUGCAGAAAUUCAAAGAGCAAUGAGAGAAUACAGAGCUAAUAGAUAUGAAUGGGAAAAUACUCUCAAUGAAACAUUUUAUUUACAAGAUGUGAUUAGAUGCUGUACCUAUCCAAGUAAUCACCCUUUAUUCAAAAGAGAAAUUGUGUCUGAUUUUAGACCAAUGAAUCGAUUUUGGAGAACCUACUUGUAUUUUUACUAUAGAUUUGUUCAUUGGAUUUAUUAUAAGGUUUUAGCUACUGUUGCUGUUUCCUUCGCCAUAGUAAUUUUGUAUAGUGAAUUUGCUCCAAGUGUCUUUUCACUAGCUGAAGAGACAGGUACUUCUAUUUUCUAUGAAAUUAUUCAACGUUGUGUUAAAACAGGAAGCAGUCCCCUCAUUCAAAUUGUUUCUUUAUUAAUGGUUGUUUGUAUCAUUUUGCUAAUGCUUGGAGGAAUGUUUAAGGUUAGACUUUUCAAAAUAUUUAAAAUGGUACCAAGUUAUACUGAUACUUACUCAUUAUACUUUUCAGCUUCCCUUAUUUGUAGAGCAGUUCCAUCUUUGUGCUAUAAUUUCUUACUCUUAUUGGAUAUUAAGCAAGAUGAUGGAGUUGCCUUCUUUAGUGCAGUUGGUAUUUUAGAUUUUAGAAUUUUCCCUGAUAGUUUGGGAGGACCAAUUAUUGGAGAUUUAAUUACAAAUGUUUUGAAACAAUUCCCAAUGAUUUUAAUUGUUUUAGUUUGCAUUUUAUCUUUUUUUAGAGUUUUUGAGAGAAUUGCUGGAUUUAAAAAGUAUAGAUGGAGAACAUUCUAUUGUUGGGAUACUAUUCCAGCAGAAUUGAUGGAGAAUGGAUUAAUAUUAUUAAGACAAAAGAGAAAGUCCAAACGAGAGAAAAUCAUUGCCGAAACUAAACAACAAGAAAAGCUUGACAUCCAAAAUGCUCUCUCUAGCACUAGAAAUCCAAAUAAUAAUGUUAUUACUGAUAAUCCAAUACUAAACGCAAGUGCCUUGGAUUUGGGAGAUUCUCAAGCAGACUACCAACAAUUUAACCAAGAAACUACAGAGAAUAAAAUUUAA